CCGUUGCCACAGCAACAUACUGCAACGAACACCAGGGCGUCCUCAAAAGAAUGGCAGAAGUUCGGUCACAUCUCGAAGAUUCUGGCAUACAUCUGCCAAAAAUGAAAGCAGUUCAAUUUCAGAACAAGGCAUCUUUGCUUUGUCAAUAUAAAGUGGUUGCAAAGGAAAACAAACCAAGACGGGUAACGCCAUCAGCUUUCAUCCAGAACAUGCUGCAGUCCACAGAGGAACGCCUGAAUAACACCACAGAGGUGAACCCACCACGCAUUCUCGAGUGGUUUGACAUGAGCAACACCCUUCAUCAAAAAUUUUCAUUGAUUCACAUGGAGAGACCACUUUUCCAGCCCUUCCCUUCAGAGCUGGUUUUCCAGAACUUUACUCCAUUACAGACUUAUAAGCUGCCGCUGAUCCUCCUCAACAAUGACAAGGUUUUACGGCAUGUGAAACUGGAACAGCAGGAGUCAGAAGACUUCUUUGUAGUGGGUCCAGUCAAUUCAGGCAGCAAAGUGGCCCCAGGAAUGAGUAUAACUUUCACUGUUGGCUUCACUCCCAAGGAGAACAAGGACUAUGAGGGCAGACUGAUCUGUGUAACAGAGAGAGAGAGGUUUGAGAUCCCAGUCCGUGCUAUCGGGCCCCGUGCCAUUUUGGACUUUCGAGAUGAGAUUUUUUUCCCAAUUUGUCUGGUGAAAGCCUUCACACAGAAAACUCACCUUCUCCGCAACAUCGGAAACAGCCAGGCAAAGUUCAAACUGCACACUCAGCGGCCUUUCUCUGUAAAACCCUCCUUUGGGACCCUUGAUGUUGGCGAGAGCUUGCAGGUCACUGUUAGCUUCCAUCCUUUAACUGUAGGCGACCAUCGGGAAGAUCUACUUCUGCACUACCACACAGGUGAGGAUGUGUUCAUCAGCCUGUGUGGAUCCUGUGAGGAACUGGACAUUCACCUGGAACCUGAGUGUGUCACGCUGAAGAGGACUUACAUUGGUCUGACAAAUGUUCACACAGUAUCGCUGACUAACAGCAGCGACACUACUCUUCAGUACUGUUGGACCAUGUGGCCCAUCCAGGAAGUGGAGGAGCAGAGUUUGCCAGGGAAAAACUCAGUGCUCCUGCAGGAGGAGAAGGAGGAGGAGUCGAAGGGCCAGAGGCUUUUUGAAUGCGAGUCUAGCUCCACAGCGGCCCACCACUAUUCGGUGCAAUCCGGAGCCCUGCAGGAGAAUGGGAGCCAAGCUGCAGAGAACCAUCUCCUAAGCUUUACAUUCGGCUGCAUUGCUGUGACGCCUUUGAAGGGUGAGAUAUGGCCAAACACCACUGCACAGUUCAGCAUCGUCUUUAAACCAGAGGAAGCCAAAAUCUACCAACACACCGUGUACUGUGAUGUGACAGGUCGUGAAUCGAAUCUACCACUCACAAUCACAGGGGAAGGCCUCGGACCUGAACUGGAACUUAGCUAUAGCCUGAUGGACAUGAACAAUGUUUUUAUAGGCGACAAAGACCAAUAUGACGUGCAGAUGUCAAAUGUAGGGUUCAUUGAAGCUCUUUUCAGGUUUUCAGUGCCUGACACCACAUUUGGACGCUGCUUCUCCAUUAGUCCGGUGGAGGGUGUUGUUCCUCCUGGAGCCUCCCAAAAUGUAAAAGUCACCUUCCAGAGCAGCAACUUGGGGACAUUCUCAGAGGACUUGCUACUAAACGUAAAUGGACAGCCUCACCCUCAUACCUUGACCUUCAGGGGUUGUGUUAUCGGACCAACAUUCCACUUCAAUGUGUUUGAGCUUAAUUUCGGAGAUGUAGCGUUUGGUUUCCCAGCUACAUUGACAUGUACCCUUUUCAACACAUCCUUUGUGCCAAUGAAUUUCUCUCUGCGUGUCCUGGGGGAUGGGUCGGGCUCCCAAAGUGUAAGCAGUUCCAGCCAAGUGUCCAAUUUGUCACAUAAGAACUGGAAAGGCCAUGCUGCUCGUGUCCGGCCAGUGGAGUUUACCAUCAUACCUGCUGCUGGUUCUGUGAGGGCCAUGUCUGAUGUCAACAUUAAGGUGACACUUUGCUCGAACACGGUGAAGGUUUACCGCCUGGCUCUUGUGGUGGAUGUUGAAGGUGUUGGACAGGAAAUCAUGACUCUGCCCAUCAAUGCCAGGUGUGCUGUGCCUGAAAUUGUAGUACAGCCUCCAGUUCUAGACUUCCAAAGGUGCUUCCUCCGUCACCCGUACAAGCGACAAAUACGGCUGAUUAACCCCAGUCAUCUACCCGCCUGCUAUGAAAUUCUAGACCAGAAGCUUGACGAAGACUUCUCAGUGUUUUUUAGCAGCCCUGCACCCAAAGGACUUCUUCUUCCAGGCAGCUCAGCAGACCUUCCUGUCCUCCUGCAGGCUCAGGCUAUCGGGGAGCUGCAUCACACUCUGCGUAUUGCCAUUUUUGGCAGUCCCCAGCAACCACUUGAGGUGCUACUGUCAUGCUUUGGGCAGGGACCUGUGGUUCAUCUUCAAAACACACAGAUCCACUUUGGCAGAAUUGCAGUUCUGAAAGAUGUUGCUAGACCGCUGCAACUGUUCAAUCAGUCUCCUAUUCCCGCCCACUUCACUGUUCGAAUGAACCAUCGAGGGUCAUUUUGGAGGGUUGAACCCAGUGAGGGUGAAGUGCCAGCAGAGAGCCAGCUGGUGCUGAAGGUGGUGGCUCACCUGAAGGACACUCUUCAGUUCCAGGACAAGUUGAAAGUUUCUAUCCAGGACAGUCAGACUCUAAUCGUCAGUGUUUCAGCCACAGGCACUGGCACUACGAUUGUCAGCAACAGACCGUUAGGCCCAAACCUUGACCUCGGCACAUUCUUCAGCCAUGGGUUGUGCCAGUACCACUUUAAGUUGACCAACCAAGGCCAGCGGGUUCAUCGAAUGUACUGGAAGAUUGACAGCAGCCCUCCCUCUAAAAGACAUAAAGAAAAGAGCUUACCAGAGAAAUCGUUCCUGCCCCCCAUCUCAACUACCAGGCAGAGAGAUACUCUUAGCUAUGGGUCUUCACUCCCCUCCAGCAGAGAGAAACCAAUGUUUAGCCUUAGCCCGUCUCGUGUUGAGCUUUUUCCUGGCUGCUCAGCUGACAUGGUACUGACAGCAACCUCAGACUCUCCCCAGGUUGUGCGUGAGCGUCUGGUGUGUCAUGGCAUUAUUGGUCGGCAGGGCUCUCAGGAGAUCAUCAUGACUGUAGAUCUUACCUGUCGUUUUGUUGCCCCCGUUCUGAGUAUUCCAACAAAGAAGUUGAAUUUCUUUAUGAAGAAGGUCAAAGGGGAGAAGCUGCCUCUUCUUUUUGAGAAGCUGCUCCUGAAGAAUGUGUCAUCUUUGUCUUUGUCCAUUGAGCUCAAACUUGGAGAACCUUUCUUUCUGUGUGAUGCCUCUGGAGAACAAAGCUCAGCUACAAAAAAGUCAUUAGUGUUGGGUGAUGGGAAACAGGCUGAAUUAUGGGUAUGUUUCAAUCCAAGUUUCUGUCAGGAUCGACAGUCACGUGUUGUGGAUGAGUAUCUUGACAUAAUUUACUUGGGACAUCCUCAACAAGAUGUGGUGGAGUUGCAUGCAGAGGUCCACUUCCCCAACCUCCACUUCUCCUCCACUAUGGUUGAUUUUGGUUGCGUGUUCAACGGCACAGAGACUCACAAAGUACUCACUGUCACCAACUGUUCUCUGCUUCCUGUGUCGUAUCACUGGGCUUUUCUGGACAACCACGAACAACCAAAGAUCAGAAAGUCUGAGAUAGUGGAUGAAAGGAAGAGAAGACAGGUUGAAGAGUGGAGGAAGAGCCCAUCUCCAGCCCCCCGUCAUGCUCUUCCUCAAAGCCCCAAACCUGAUAAAGAGGAGCAGAGCAUUGAGCUGCACCCUGUGUGUCUGGAAGAGGUUUUUGACAUACUGCCAAUGUUUGGUGAUUUGCAACCUGGAGACGAGCAGUUUGUCACAUUCUCAUUCUUCGGUCAUGAGAACAUCAGCAGGGAGGUGGUGGCGCAGUGCCGCGUAAAAGACGGGCCAACGUAUGAAGUCCAGCUCAGGGGAGAAGCCUCAGAGAUCCGAUUCAGCCUGGAUUCCACUUGUCUUGACUUUGGUCUGCUGCUUUUUCACAGUGUCGGAGAAAUUGGUUUUACCUUAAGGAACACCGGGAAGGUAGGCUUUGAAUUCAGCUUUAUAAACACUGAGACAGAAGAGGGGGAGGCUGAUAAGGAGGCAAGCAAACAGAUGAAAGUGCUUAAAGAAGUACAGAAACAGAUAGACCUGGGGGCCCUGCAGGUCUGGCCUGGGAAGCCCCUGCUUAUUCCAGCUGCGGGACACAUUAAUGCAGGCACAGAGCUGCAUGUGCGUGUGCUCUACCUCCCUGGCAUCCCUGAGGUGUUUCAGAAGCAGCUUCAGCUGCAAGUUGCCUUCUUGCCACCAGAGGACAUCACUCUCAGGGGCAUGGGAGUCUUCCCUAGGAUUAGUCUGAAUUUACCACGAGACUUGUCUGAAGAGUGUUACAGCAACCAACUCGAGCAAGCUAAAGCAACAGUUGAGGCCGCCCGGGAUGAGAACCCAGAGGCUUUUUGCACAUUCACAGAUGAAGAGCUGCUUUACAUGGAAAUGGAGAAUAUCCUAAUCAGAGAAAAAGCUCUCAUCACAUCAGAGACUCUGCUGAAUCUCCACCAUUCACACAGCUUCUCACCAGAGCUACACAGCCUAAGCGAGUUGGAGCUCCCAGAAUACGUUUUGGAUUUCGGGUUUGUCAUUCCUGGCAAAGAUGUCAGUCAGACUGUGAAUGUCACCAAUAAUGGACUCAUCCCAGUGUCUUUUCAUGCCAACUGCAAGCGACUGACAGGAACAGGCUUUGCGGCAGAUUUAAAAAAAGUGAAGGACUUGCCGUGUGGUGAGGCUGAGACUUUCUCUGUUAAAUUUGACCCUCAAAGAGCCAAACUGAAGAUGGGCAAUGCUUGUGUUCUUCUGCCAAUACAGGUCUCAGGCGGUCCAGUUGUACGGGUGCGGUUGUGCGCUGAGGUCACCAUGCCAACCAUCACAGUGUCUGAGAGCGCACUGCAAUUUGACAGCGUUCAGUGUGGCAUGUGUCAGAUGAAGGCCAUCCAGCUGUCAAACCAGCAGGCAGUGCCUUGUCGCUGGAGAAUAGCCGAGGAGGUGAAGCCAGUUAAAAAGAUUGACAAGUUCCUGCCCCUGAACAUGCGCAGAAAAGCCAUGCUGGAGCAGCAGCCUCCUCCAGCUGUGUUUGAAUGUAUUCCCACCUCUGGUGUGCUCCUCCCUGGUGAAAGAAGCAACGUCUUUAUCAAGUUUACUCCGGACGAAGGGUGCUUAUACAACAGGAGGCUGCAGGUCUGCGUGGAUGACAGCACUCAGCGAGUGUUCAUAGCAGCUCAUGGUCAGGGUGAAGAACCGCAGCUCGAGUUCUGGCCGUCCGUACUGGAAAUGGAUCCGUGUCUUCCUUGCUUUAUUGAGGCUGAAGCUGAGGUCACAGUCAGAAACCCUUGCUCCUUCCCUGUCGAGUUUUACUCCCUGGAAUUCGAUACUCAGUAUUUAGAAGAAGAAAAGGUCCUUCGUUUGAUGAAGGAAUACAAUGAGAACAACCUUUUGCUGCUUCCUCCGAGGCUCCCUGAAGAAGGUCUUCCAAAAGAGCUCUUGGAAUACUACAAAGAGUAUUCCUCUAAGCACAGAGAUAAUGAGCUAAAUGUGGGUUUGGAGGUGGAUGGAGCUGAAGGAGGUGCAACACAGGAGGAAGACAGGAAGUCAAAACGAAACGCUCAGACAGAGAUCAGUGGCAUGAGGGCCAAAGCAACUGAAACAUUUUUUUCAGAAUUGAGCAGAGAGGGGGGCAGUGGGAGACUGGGGGAUUUGGAGAAGAGCCCUGUUUUCAGAUCUAUUGCUCGCCACAUGGGAUACAACCUGUCAACUGAUGCACUGAUGGCUCACAAUCUCAGAGGCAUUGCGGUUAUUGUGUAUGGAGCACCACUGACUGAUAAAAGAAGCACAGCAGCAGGUCUGGCACACCGGUACGGUGCAGCAUGCCUGAGCAUCGAUGAUGUGGUCACAAAUGCAAUUCAAAGUGGAACCUCAGCUAUAAGCAUCACAGCACGCCAGAAAUAUGAGGCUGCGACUGCAAGGUGUGCUCAGAGGAGGGCUGCUCAAGUGGCUGAAGCUGCUGAUCCCAGACCUCCAGCAUGUCUGGAAGCCACAGUUUCAUCCUCAAUUUCAGCUUCACUUGAUUCUGUGGAAAAUGAUGCCACAGCUCAGCUGGUCACUGAAGACGCUCUCAGUGUCAUCUGCAUGGAGGGAGAAGUGAGUCUCUGCAGGCUCCUGCCUGAACAGCUGCUUGCUGACAUACUGGCUGAAAGAUUUCAGCGAAGAGAUUGUCACCAUGGAGUUGUAAUUGAUGGCCUUCAGUCAGUGUUCACUCACUCUGCAUCUAGCACGAUGCUGGUUGUUCUGAAGGCCCUCAGUAACCGCAAACACAUCUAUGUGGUCAAUCUUUCUGACUCCUAUGAUGCUGUGAAGGAACGGGAGAGACAGCAAAGACAAGUCGAAGAGUUUCUGCAAAAGCAAAGAGAUGAACGAGAAGAGAGGAGGCUACAGGAUCUGGAUGAUGAGGAAUAUGAGGCUUUGCCAGAAGAGGACAAGGAGCGUGUUCAACAAGUACACAUCAAGAGACUUCAGCAAGAGAAAGCCAGGCAGCUCGAGCAACUGGCAAAAGAAAAAGAAGAAAAGAGGAAACAGGAGGAAGAGCUGCAGAGACAGAAGGAAGAAAACAUGAUGAAGAAGAGCAAAAAAGGGGGGAAAAAGGACAGUAAAGAUUCAAUACGAAAGAAAAACUUUGAAGCAGCACAUUCUGCAGUAAGUGUGCAAAGGAUGUCAUCCUGCAGCAACUCUAAAGAGUCAUUUACGGAUGCAAGAGAGCGACAUUCAAGUGAAGAGCAUCAAACCAAAGAUCCACAUGAUUUAUCAAAGGGGCUGGAAGAUAUGAAACGUUUACAGACUCCUAAAUCCACUGACAGACUGGAGAUAGAAAAAAUUUCAGACACAAAGACAAAAGAAGAAGACAAAGACUUGAACCAAAUCACAGAGGAAGCAGAGAAAGCGCAAACAGAACAAGGAGAGGUCAAUAGAACAGAGGAACGUCUGAUGGAAAAAGAACAACUGACCAUAAAUGAGGGGUUACACUUUUUGUGUGAAGACAAUGAUGCUGAGGAUUCACAUAUGACAACAGAAGAGAGCAAAACUGAGACUUCUCAACAUUUACCAAAGCCAGAGGAAGAAAAGCAUGUUGAAAAUGAGCUACAGUGUCAGUUCAACAAAUAUGAGCUGAGCCAGGUUGAAGUUGGACAUAUUCUGCAGCACUGGGACCGAGCCAGGGGCCUGUUGCUGGCCCCUCUUAACCCAGGUCAAACCCAUCCAUGGUUGGAUGAGUUUUCAACAGGAAAACAGCUCCCUGCUGUCCUUAAGAAGAGUAGGAAAGGAGCCCUCAAGAACCUUUCUCCAGUGCCGACUCAGAGAGCAGCAUCAGCUGAAGCUGACUACAAGUCGCCCUCACUUGCCAUUCCUCAAAUUGUCUUGAAAAUAAUGGAGGGCGAUGGAGAAAGUACCUCAGAACAGCUCAUCAGCACCCUCCCUCUACCUGAUGAGGUGUUAGAUGAUUUGGGGUUAGGACCAGGUGGACCCCCGAUACCUCCUGCCACUAUGUUCUCUGUUGUUCCUUUCCCCACAUACAGAGACCAAACCAAGGUUCAACAGACAUGCUUCCGAUUCCUGCUUCCCCCUAUCCCAGAUGAGGAAGAAGAGAGCAAAGAUGUAGAGGAGGAAACACAAUUAUCUCUAAAGGAGGGGUCAACAGCCUCCAAAAUUCUCAAAAGAAGCAGUUUCAAAGAGAGCGCAGUGCCAAAGGACAGACAUCAAAAGGUCAAAGAGGUCCAGAAGAGCAAGAGAAUAAAUUCCAGCAAGACUAGAGAAAAGAGCUUGGAUGGGACACGAGAAGAAAGAAGCCUGAGCACAUUUCGAUGGGUUGUUCCAGCUGGCGGGGAGGUAGGUCUGAAGGUCUGGUUCUACUCAGAAACACCUGGAAAGUUUGAGCAAACCUUCAACUUUGAGCUUGUGGGGACCCGGAAACUCUACCAGCUGACCUGCAGAGGACUGUGCAGCUACCCUUCAAUCUGCAAAGACUACAUGACCUUGUUUGCCAAGAGUAAGAAAGUACCACGAACACAGAAAGGCCUUCAGAAAACGUAUGUGAUAAAACCUGGAUACUUUGAGUUUGGGCCUUUACUCUGCAGCAAAAGCAGAGACAGGUACAAGGAUGGCAGAUACCCAGAAAACACAGUGAAGCUUUUAAUUCACAACAACUCAAGUCUAGAGGCAGAGAUCCACUUUACCUUCCAACAUGACACUCAUGCUGCUACAUUUCUGCUGGACCCCCCAACCAUGACACUCAAACCUGACCAGAAACAGGAGCUGACAGUGUGGGCCUACCCAACAAAAGAAGGAGAAAUGAAGGACUGCAUUGUUUGUCAAAUCAGGGAUAAUCCUGAACCUGUUAUCAUCAGUCUGUCCUGCUGGGGGGUCCGGCCAGAGCUGGAGUUAGACAACAAGCACUUGCACUUUGGAAAGGUUCUGGUACACAGGGAGGAGAGCCACAGUGUGAACGUUCUCAAUAAGACAGUUCUACCAGUGUGCUGGAGACUUCAGGGUGUGGAGGAGUUAGGUGAUGAGUUUCUGGUGCCACAGGAUCAGGGUAUUGUCCCACCAAACACCUCUGUCCCCAUAUGCAUGAACUUUAAAGCCAAGAAACCACUUGCUGUCAAGAAGAUCCUACGUUUGGAGGUGUCAGAUAUGGAAAAUAUUCUUGGAAUUGUUCAAACUGAAAACAUUAUUGUCUCUGCUGAAGCCUACAACAUCGAAGUGGAGAUCACACCAGAUUGCAUCCUAGACUUUGGAACCAUCCGAGUCUCUGAAGAGGUCAAACUUCCUCUAAGGCUGAAGAACAAGGGAAAGUAUUCAUUAGCUUUCAAGUUUGUGUUUGAUCAGACCCCCAAAAGGCCAAAACUGGACUCCAUUUUCACAGUGUCCCCCCAGAGUGGAUCUCUAAUGCCUCAAGACAAGUCUAUAGGAGUGUGGGUCACCUGCAGACCCGAUAAGGAAGUCCUCCUCGUUAAACAACCCAUCUUGCAUUGCCAGGUGAUUGAUCCUAACACUGGGAAGGAGGACAAAGUCAUUGAAGUCAUAGAAAUCAAGAUUUCCGUUCAAUCUUUCUUCUCCAGAUAUGAGAUCACGCCUGCUUGUGACAUCAACUUUGGCCCACUUGUUUACGGCUCUAAAAAAAGCCAAACUCUCACCAUUGAAAACAAAGGUGUCUUUGAGUUCAGUUUUGACCUGGCCGCCCAAGCAAAACCAGGGGCUAAGAUCCCAUUUGGAGACAGUGUUUGUGCAAAACCAGUCAAUGCCAGUCUCAAACAGCGAAAAGAAUCCUUCCAGAAAGACUCAAAUAUUUUCCAGAAUCGACUCAGCAUGGGGGUGUUCUCACUCUUUCCGUCCGUGGGAAGCCUGCAGCCUGGAUGUCAGCAGCUCAUCACUGUGGACUGUGGAGCUGAGCUGCUGGGCUCCUUCAGCCAGAGUUUGUUGAUUGACAUCAGCGGUCGUGACCCUUCAGAUCACAACAGCGGCAUUCCAUACAGACUGCUGGCUGAAGUCUGCAGGCCAGGCAUACUGUUAGACAUGACCUCCAUCUUUGAGGAGCACCAUCUGUGCCAGCACAGCAGCCAGCUCUCCUCUGAACCGUUCUGCAACGCUGCUGGCAUUUACGUCCUGAAUGAGAACAAGUUCAUCUUCAACAAGGUCCUUGUUGGUCAGACUGCCAAGGCCCGCUUCCGACUCACCAAUAACAGCAAGGUUCCCUGUGUUCUCAGCUUGGCGGUCAGAAACGUCGGCGCCAAGGUUUUCCGACACGGAGAUGUGUUUGAUUUGGUUGCUACAACUCUAAGCGUGCCCAACCAGUCCCACGCAUUUGCUGUUGUCACCUUCACUCCUCCGAGCAUUCAGCAGUACAGCGCUGUGUUUGAGGCCACAAUAGAGGGAACCUCAGGAAUGGCUACUGCCCUUAAAAGUAAAGUGCUGGAGUUUGAAGUGGUUGGAGAAAGCACUCUUCCCAGUGUGUGCGUGCUGCGCCCAGCUCUGAAAGACAGCACCAAAAAUCCCCUGCUGCAGUUCAGACGGGUUUGGGUUGGACGGAGCGUUACACUACCUCUGGUUCUGCUAAAUGAUGGAAAUGUUCCAGCUGAGAUCCAGAUCGACAUGCUGGAUGAAAACAGAGUUUUUACCCUGAAAGCUGGAUCUGACCACAACAUCAGCUCCAUCCAGUCCCUGGAGCUCAACUCCUCAGCAGACUCAGAGCCUCAGAUAGUGCACAGAGCCAUCCUGAAGAUGAACCCUGGUGAAACAGCUGAAUUUGAAGUUAGCUUCUGCUCUAAUAAACCACUGAGUGUCAAAGCAAAGAUGUCAGUGCAAGUGAAGGACAACCAGUACAGCGGCAUCAUAAUCCAAGUGACAGGAGAGGCUUACCAGGAAGUGGUCUCUUUGGAUAUCAACAUGUCAAUUUAUGAUGUUGAUGUGGAAGAAGGUAAUUAUGAGCUCCUGCAUUUUGGGGAGUGCCAUGUGGACCAUCCACACCACAGACAUUUCACCAUGACUAACCACAGCAGAAACCAGGCACUGAGGUUUGAGUGGCCUCCCAGUGGACAUCAUGUUCACAUUUCUCCACAGGUUGGGCACCUUCAUGCUGGUUGUUCUAAAGAAGUGACCGUCACCUUUAGAGCCAAUCAGCCAGUGACUCUGAAGAACCAUCCGAUCAAGUGUAAAGUAUGUCAGGUGGAGUUCCAGCAGCCGAUAGAGCAAGUGAGUGACUGGGAUGACCGCCAGAAAACUGUUCAGUGGCAGAAUGCCUCAAAGCAGGCUUCAGAAUCAACACAGCAACCUACCAAUCCAGAGCCCAGCUACUCUGUGGUUGAAGGCUCUCAGAUGGAGUUGAAGUUAUGCAUCAGUGCAGUUUGUGAUUAUGCCAAGUUCAGCUGCAGCAACAACCGCAUUCACUUCAAAGACACUAUGCUUUUCCAAACCAGGAUCCACCAGCUGAAGUUAACAAAUGAGGGCCGCGUCAAAGUGGAAUUCUCCUGGAAAGUUUUCAUGGAAUCAAGCAGCAGUGCUGUGAAGCAUCAUGAAGGAACUGGAAGCUCCCGCUCUCCACCUGGCAGCAGGUCAGAGGGACCUGCAGUCCGUCCCUCCAGUGCUCUGGCCAGUGUGAUGUCUUUCCUCAUGACCUCCCCUGAGCUGCCUCCAUUCACGGUGGAACCGAGCAGCGGGACCAUCAAUCCCGGUGUAGCACAGACCUUCACCAUCCGCUUCUCACCUGUGGAGGUGACUCAGUUUCAUGGAAAGCUCCUCUGCAGUAUUCCUAACCUGGAAGACGGGAAUACAGCUCCAUGUAUCCCAGUUUAUGGUUGCAGCCUGUUGCCCUACUGUCAUAUUGACAUGGAGGACUCAGACUACCUGAGCCGCCGCAGACCUGAUCUCCAGGACCCGAUCAACCCAAACACCAAAGUUCUAGAGUUCAAAGCUGUUGGCCUCUUGGCAGCAUCAACACGAUGUUUCAGUGUGCUGAACACAACCAGUGAGGUGUACUCAUUCAAGUGGAGGUGUGAGGACACGGAGCUCGGCCCCUUCAGCUGUCUCACCCCUAGUGGUUCAAUCCAGCCUGGGGGAAAAGUAGAGAUGUGUUUUGAUUACUUCCCGGAACAGCAGGACCCAGUGGAAUCAUUCUGGAGCUUUCUGGUUGAGAGUCUCUCACUGAGCCUCCCCUUCCUGUUGGUGGGCACAGCCAGAGAGCCGCUUGUCUUUCUCAACAUGCCUCACCUGGAUUUUGGAGAAGUGCUUGUAGGUCAUACAGUGGAGAGCAUAGUUGAUCUGGUGAACCGAGAAGAGGAGCCUGUCCACUUCUCCAUCCUGCAGUCGUCUCUUCUCUCUGAAGAUCAGCAGUCCAGCCUCACUCUGCAGCCCAUGAGUGGAAGAGUGGCAUCCAAAGAUAGAUUGCCUCUGUCCGUGUCUUUCGUGCCAUCCGUGGAAGGACCUGUUCAUUUCCGACUAAAAAUGAAGGUGAAAAAGAAGUCAGAGCUGCUCCAUUUGACUGUAAAAGCCGACUGCUUCGCCAUAAAUGCUUUGCUUCAACUUGGAAAAGCAGAUGAACCCUUCAGAGAGGUUGCUCCCAACCUCCAGGAGUCUCUGGACUUUGGAACGGUGGGGAUUUUAGAGCUUUCGGUUUGUAAUUUCUUGAUGUCCAAUUUUGCAAGAUUCAUCUUGGAAGUGAAUUUUGAACUCACAGGUCCUGCAGAAUUUCUGCAGGACUUAGAAACAAAACCACAAACUGCUGUUGUUGAGGUUGGGAAGCAGCUGCAGGCUUCUCUCCUCUUCUGUCCUCGCAGCAUUUGCAUCCUGCAAGAUGUCCGGCUGGAUGUCAAGGUGAAGCUUGGACCGACAUUUAGCUUCAUCAUUAAAGGUCAAGCUGUAGCGCCGAGUCUUGAAUUCUCCUUCACCAGGUUCAGCUUUGGAAAAUUCUUCGUACUCUGUCCUGGAAUGACGCCUCCAUCCCAAACACUGAAGAUUACCAACAAAAGCAAAAGCGACAUCAGCAUCGAGUGCCAGUUCAAGAACACCGAUUUUCUUCAGGUCGACUUUAAAGCAGAAGUUUUACCUCCUGGAGCUUUAAUGGAAGUGCCGGUCACCUUUUAUCCUCGUGCAGAAUGCAGAUACCAUGAAAAGCUGACCUUCCUCUUCAAUAGUUGCAUUCAAAAACAGGUGGAGAUUCUUGGGCAAGGUGUUCAGAUAAAGCUGGACGUGGAGGAUCGGAGACAGAAAAAACUCAAACUGGGAGCUCUGUUGGGACAGAUGGUCAAAAAACAGAUCGUUCUUGUCAAUCACAGCAGCAUUAACCUUUCUUUCACCCUGACUCUCAGCGCAAACACACAACUGGAUCUAAAGGAUCUGUCAGUGAGUCCAGCAGGAGAGCUGAAGCUCAGAUCCAACGGAGGUUCUUGCACAGUGGAGAUUCGCUUCUUGCCUCGUCAGCACAUUCCUCCCUUCACUGCUGAGCUGCAGGCGGUGUUGGCAGACCUGUUACACCCCCUGCUGACCAUUCAGGGCUGCUGCCAGGGAGUUGAGGUGAAACUAGACCCAGACCAGCUCUCAUUUGGAGCUGUCGUGCAGCGUUGUCAGAGCAGAAAGAGGACUGUCAUGGUGAACACAGGUGACAUUGGUGCCAGGUUCUUUUGGAAGACUGAGAAUUUUCCUGCAGAGCUUUCCAUCACACCAGCAAAGGGGUAUAUCUGUCCGGGGAUGGAAGUUCCUCUUGACGUUACUUUUGCACCCGUGGAGCUCAGUGGUGACAGCAGAUAUGAGGAUCUGUGUUGUUCUGUAGAGGGCUCCUCUGCUCCACUUACUCUCACUAUCACGGCCUCCUGUGUCUCGGCCUCCACAAACAAAGAGAUGGUGAAUUUUGUUUGCCCCGUGCGUAGCUCUGAAACCAAGAGCUUGGUCAUCGUCAACCCCACAAACCAGCGCUGCAGGAUCACGCCAGUUGUUGAGGGCGAGCAUUGGACUGCAGCCAUGCUUGUGACCUUUGAACCUCACCAGAACAAAACAGUUGAUGUCACAUAUCAGCCUCUGACCAUGACUACAGAAGAAAAGAAACACCUGGGCUCCAUCUUUUUCUCCUUCCCAGACGGUAGAGGCCUGAUGUACUCUCUGCAGGGAACAGCUGAUCCGCCCAGAGCAGAGGACAGCAUUGUGAGAGAGAUAACUGCUAAAGCGCAGCACACAGAGCUGCUCCAUGUCAACAACUGGCUCCCAAGGCAGCAGCGGUUCCAUGUGCUUUUAGAGAUGGUAAAACCAGAAAAAUACGAUGCUACAGUGUCCCUGAAGGGUCCCAGCUACAUUGAUGUUCCUGCUCUGUCAAAGAGGAACUACAGAAUGAUUUUCUGUGCACACAGAGAGGGACAAUACAACACCAAGGUGACGUUUCGUAACAAGGUGACAGGUGAAUUCUUGUUCUACCUCGUCACCUUCAAACUCACGCCUCCAGGAGUCCUGUCCACAAUGGAGCUGCAGACAGCUGUUCGUCAGACAGUCUCAACCUCUGUUACCGUAGAAAACCCACUGAGCGCACCCAUCUGCCUCACCUCAGAGUGUAAAUGCCCUGACAUCUUUGCCCCCUCCCAGCUCACUGUGCAAGGAAAAUCCAAGGGUGUUUUGAGCUUUGAUUUCCAGCCGCUGACAGCAGGCGAGUCCACAGCACGACUGUCUCUGAUCAGUUCUGAGCUGGGUGCCUUCCACUACGACCUGCUCCUCAAAGCUCUGCCGCCUCCCCCAGAGAAACCUGUGCACUUCAGCACUUGGCUGGGCAGCAGCCACACCGCCACCAUUAAAUUCAUCAACUACUCCCGCAGUAAAACUGAAUACUCAAGCAAGAUCGAUAGUCCGGAUUUCAUCGUGACCAAAACUGUUGUUGCUGCUCCGGGCCUCCAGGUGGGGUCAGAGGUCAGCGUGGAGGUUUGCUUUGAGCCUCAUCAGCUUGGCGAAGUGAAAACGGACCUCAGUCUGUCCUCUGGGAUUCAUGGAGAGUACAUCUUUCCCUUACAUGGGGUCUGCCUCCCCCCUAAAGCUCAGGGUCCACUCAGCAUUAAGGCAGGUCACAGCAUCACAAUCCCCUUCAAGAACGUGUUCCUGCAAAGCAUUACAUUCACUGCUCAGGUGGACAACCCCUGCUUUACUGUCAAAGGACCAGACAACAUCAAACCAAAAAAGAUUCACAACAUCCAGGUUUCCUUUGAAGCUCCUGAUGGAGAGCCUGGAAGGGAGGCCUGGUUCGGAAAGCUGACCGUUUCCAGCGAGCGCUGCGAGGGACACAGCAAGCCUUGCUCAUGGGUCUUUUACCUGAAAGGAUCCCAGUGAUCAUAAAUAACCACAACAGGAAGCAGCUGAUCCGUUUUUAUUAUUUAGUAACUGUUAUAUAUGAAUUUAAUUAGAAUGACGAAGCUGCAAUACUUUAAAGCAUAAACAUUUUCUAAAUGACUUAAUAAAUUCUACAAAGUC